AUGCCCACGCCUUCAACCUACGCCCUGGUGUCCUUGCCGCUGAGGGCGUUCGACACCGAUGAUGCCCUGUCUGCACUGCGCGGAACCAUCACCUCAGACAACGGCUCCGUCCAACCCUUUACAAUACCCGAGUUCAAAAUCGGCACUCUUGACGCGCUAGUUCAGCAGGCCGACGACCUCACCAAGCUCGAGGCGGCAUGCCAGGGCGUGGUGUCUCGAGUUGCUGACUCGCUCAAGAACCUCCUCGAUGGGGAUGAGGACAAGGUUGCGCAGCACAAGACCGUCAACGAUAAGCCUACCGACCACUAUAUAACCCAUUUCAGUUGGAACAAGGUUAGGUACCGAGCGGACAGGCCAUUGGGAGAGCUGAUAGACACAAUGCAAAAGGAGCUCGUCAACAUCGACAAUGACGUCAAGGGCAAGUUCACUCAGUACAACUCGACCAAAUCAACCAUGGCGGCUUUGCAACGGAAACAAACAGGCAACCUUGCCACCAAGUCCUUGACCCCCAUCGUCAAGCCCUCCCUUCUGGUGCAAGACUCGGAGUACCUAGAAACACACCUCAUUGCCGUGCCGUCAAUUGCAAAGAAGGACUUCCUCAAGAGCUACGAAACGAUUGCUCCAAUGGUUGUGCCUCGUUCGUCAAUCCAAGUGGCGCAGGAUGACGAGUUCACUCUGUUCGCCGUGACGACGUUCAAGAAGACGGCUGCUGAGUUCCUGCAGAAGUGCCGAGAACAGAAGUGGACACCGCGCCAGUAUAAGUACGUCGAGGGCGGACAGGAGGAGGAAAAGCGCGAGCUGGAGCGCAUCGCCAAGGAGGAGCGCAAGGUCUUCCACGAGGCCCUGCGUCUGGGCAGGACGGGCUGGAGCGAGAGCGUCAUGGUGUGGGCACACGUAAUGGCUCUCCGGGUGUUUGUGGAAACGGUCCUACGCUACGGCUUGCCGCUGGAGUUUGUCUCUGCCCUAAUCAAGACAAAUCCCAAGCUGGUUAAGAAGGUCAAGACCUCGUUGGACAAGUCAUUCUCUUACCUUGGAGGCAAUGCUUUUGGGAGGGACAAACAAGGCAAGAUCAAGCAGGAUGAUGCCGCAUUGACUUCUGAGAUUGCCGCUGCUGGAGUCGGUUUUGGGGAGGGCAACGAGUACACACCUUACUUUCUGUCUGGCGGGCCAAGCUCACGGGUUGGUCUUGAUCAGGCCCUUGUCCUGCAGCCACUUGACAAUCUGAGCGACACACUCCUCAACCGAGUUCUCAUGGGUCUUGAUGGUGAUUUCAGGGUUCUCUGGUGCCUCGUACGGGGCCGAGAUGCCGGUGAACUCCUUGAUUUCUCCGGCGCGGGCCUUCUUGUACAGACCCUUGGGGUCGCGCUGCUCAGCGACCUCGAUGGGGAUGUCGACGUAGACCUCGACGAACUCGAGCGGCUCGUCGCCCUUUUGCGCGGCCUGGGCGUGCAGCUCCCUGGCCGUCUGCCUGUCGGCGCGGUACGGCGAGAUGAAGGACGUCAGCGCCACGACGGAGCUGUCGGCAAACAGCUUGGCCACCUCGGCGAUCCGGCGGAUGUUUUCGUUGCGGUCCUUUUCCGAGAAGCCCAGGUCCUUGUUGAGCCCGAACCGCACGUUGUCGCCGUCGAGCCGGUACGCCGCCAGGCCCAGGUGCAGCAGGUGCUGCUCCAGCGCCGUCGCCACCGUCGACUUGCCCGACGCCGACAGCCCCGUGAACCAGAUUGUGAAGCCGCGCUGGCCGCGCAGCUGGUUACGCUCGCGGCGCGUCAGGCCGUUGUGCCAGGUGAUGUUGCUGUUUUUAUUUGA